AUGGGCAAGUUCUACGACGAGAUCCCCGACUUCCUCAUCGCAUGGAUUAGACAACAGAAGAUGUUCUGGGUCGCGACAGCCCCUCUCUCGAGGACCGGUCACGUUAAUGUGUCGCCGAAAGGGUAUGACGAUACAUUCCAUAUUGCCAACGAAAGCCAGGUGUGGUAUGAGGAUUUGACUGGAAGUGGCGUUGAAUCCAUAUCACAUUUGCAGGAGAAUGGUCGUAUGACUAUCCUUUUCUGUGCUUUCGAAGGUCCUCCAAGGAUUGUUCGAUUGUUCGGAACAGGAACUGUACAUGAGUUUGAUACUCCCGAGUACAAUGACUUGAUCCCCGUGGAGAAGAGACGCACUGGCUCCCGUUCGGUCAUCGUCGUCGACGUCCACAAAGUUGGCACAUCCUGUGGCUUUUCCAUUCCGUUCUACACCUACAAAGCGGACCGUGUGUUCUUCAACAAGGUCGCAUGCAUGAUGGAGUCCGUAGAUAUCAAGGCUGAAUCCGAAGUUGUUAUUCCCGCCCGACGGACCCAUGCGACUGCUCUCCCGAGCUGCGACCAGCAGCCUCCCUGCCAGGCGACCGACGAACUUCCAGUCACUGACAAAGGCCUUAAGGGCUUCUGGGUGAAGCACAAUAAGGAGAGUAUUGAUGGUCUCCCUGGUCUAGUGACGUCGUUCUUGUCGCGGAGGACGUUCCUUCCUGUUGCCAAGGAUUGGGGCGAAGACGACCUGAGCAUCUCGACAGGCGCGAAGGCUAAGAUCCAAGUUAAAGUUGCGAAGACACAAGCAACUGGAAUUGCAAAAUUCGUCGACACAAAACUUUUGCUAGGUUUUACGCUUGGAGUUGUGGCGUCUGGGUUGUGGGCCAACAUUCUUCGGGACGUAUUUCGGCCUAAACUCCCUUAA